AUGCUCUCCCGCUUCCUGCGCCCGCGCGCGGCACCCAGCCUCGCGGGUCAUGGUCCGGGCAGGCCGCCACCACGCCGAUCGAUUGCCGCCGUGUUGGCUGUGGACCGGGACCGGGUCGAUUGGGCCAGGCCUGCGCUUGAGAGGUCCGAGAGGCCCGAGGCGAGGGCGAGCGGGAACAUGCCAAAGCGCCUCGACGCUGUUGACGCUUCAAAGAUGCCGCGCGGCGGCGCGCGCGCACCCCCAAUCGUGGAUGGCGAGCCGAGCCGGCGAGUCGCCGAGAUCUUUCCCCGCCUCGAGUCGGGACCUGAUAUCAAGCGCGUACAGUCUCGGAUCGGCUCCAAGUCGAGCCCCACCAGCCUGGAAAUUGACGUGGAGUCUGUGCCGCCAUACGACGGCGCACGCGGAUAUCGCGGUACGGUCUCAUCGGACAUUGACGCGCGGAUACAAUCAGUGUCGGCGCGCCUUGAGCGCGAUCACCCUCCCCAUCCUAACGGUUGCACCACCGCCAACAUCCCCAGAACCACCCCAACCACCGCGCCGCGCCUCGCCCCACCCCUCCCCUCGGUAAUCCACACCCUCCUCCCCUCUGCCUCUCGUGCGUCCGCCGCCGCCGCCCUCGCGCACCUCGAGAUCAACCCCGCCAAGCUCAACCCUGCCGCAGCAGCAGCUCUGGAUACAUGGGCAUACCAUACAAACGACGAGCACACGCGUAAACGACUCCGACUCCUGGCAAGGGGUGAGGGCGUACGGAUCUUCCCCAUAGACCACGGCAAGAGGUGGAACCACGCCAGCUGGAAACUUGAGAGGACGGGCCAUCGACGACCCAACAAGUUUCUGUGGCAGAAAUAUCCUCCUCUUACCCACUAUGGUGGGGGGAUUCGAGACCUCCUGCGACACCAGCACGCGCUCCUCCUCGCAGGCAAGGGAUAUCCUCUCGGCGAGAUGCUGGGCUUCUUACACGACAUGAACGCCGACCCCACGCAUCGCCUCGACGCACUCCACCUCGCCUUGGCGUACGCUAAUUCCAAACAAGUCAAGGGUCUUCUGGACGCCUUUAAGCAACCCCACACCGCGCGCAUCACCCUCUCGCGCCAGACACUCCACCUCGCCAUCCUGACCCACCUCCGCCGCCGCACUCGCAUCGAUGACCUGAAGAAACUCCUCAUCCGAUUCCCCAACCGCACACCGGGUCCCGAGACGUGGCGACAUGUCGCGAAACAUGCGCUGGCGCACGACGACGCACCCCUCGCAUCGCUUGCCUUUGACGCAGCCAAAGCCGAACUUGGCGCCCUCCGCUCGGCCGCAGAAAGAGAUCCAGAACCAAAACCCUUCCCAAUCAUGAGGAAUGAUCUCCAUCCCCAUCCCGACGCCGCAUUCCAAGCUGGCCGGGCUACAGCGGCGAAUCCCCCACCGCCGAGGUUUUUGCAUAUCGGCAAGCAUACGACGCGAUGGAACUUCCUCCUCCACGCAUGCGGUGAUCGGGGAUGGGCGGUUCGUGGGCCAGCUCUAGAAGGAGAGAGUCCCGUCCCAGCCUUGUUGAGGAGGUGGACGUGGCUUGGCGAGGAGGGGAGUUUUGAGCGCCGGACGGAUCUCGUGAGAGAGGACGAGGUGCUUGCGGCUGUGGCUGCCGAGGUGCAGGCCGCACCGAAGCCGAAGUCUAGCCCCAAGGCCAAGUCUAGCCCCAAGGCCAAGUCCCAGGCCGCUGCCGUGGAGAAGACGGAGGACGACACGACGCCCCCCAAUUUCGGACUGGGUCUCGGCCGUCGCGUCGUGAUCGACGGAAUUGCCUACCGCGUCCAGAAGUUUGCUGGGCGCAAGGUUGUGCACACGUCGUGGAUGCGUCGGCGUACGCGCGCCCUCCGCAUGGCCCAGAAGCACACCGUGGGAUCUACUCCAAAGCCCCGGCCCAAGGCGUGGGAGGACUGGGACGAACCUUACGUCCCGCCGUCCGAGGAGAUCAUGGCCGACCCCCAGCCAGGCGGUAAGGUGAAGAGUGGGAAGAAGAGGAGGAAGUAG